AUGGAGUGGACGGAUCCCAUUUCCAUAUUUUUACUUUUUGUCCUGACUGUUCUGUUUAUUAUGAAAACUGAAAAAUUCUGGAAUAGCAACUUCCAAGAGGAUUUCCCCCCGGGACCAAAGCCUUUACCCAUCAUUGGAAAUCUGCAUAUAAUGGACCUGAAGAGGCCCUACCGGACUAUGCUGGAGCUGUCAAAAAAAUAUGGCCCAGUCUUCAGCAUUCAGAUGGGAUGCCAGAAAAUGGUGGUGCUGGCGGGAUACGAGACAGUGAAGGAGGCUCUUGUGAACCAGGCAGAUGCAUUUGCAGAGAGACCUAAAGUACCAGUAUUUGAAGAGCUUUCAAAAGGAUAUGGUGUUAUUUUUUCUCAUGGCAAUAACUGGAAAGUGAUGCGAAGAUUUACUCUCACGACCUUACGAGACUUUGGAAUGGGCAAGAGGGCCAUAGAGGACCGGAUUGUUGAAGAGUACGGAUUUCUGAUGAAGGAUAUUGAAUCUCGUAAAGGAAAGCCCUUUGAUAUCACUACAAUUAUGAAUGCUGCAGUUGCCAAUAUCAUUGUGUCAAUAUUACUUGGAGAACGGUUUGACUACAAAAAUCCCACAUUCUUAAGACUACUAAGUUUGAUGAGUGAAAACAUCAGGCUGGCUGGAAGUCCAUCAGUUACGCUAUAUAACAUGUUCCCAGCACUUGGAUUUCUACUCAGGAAUUACAAGAUUCUUUUGAAGAACACAAGUGAAUUGCAUGCUUUUAUACAGCGUACUUUCAUAGAACACCUGAAAGAACUGGACAAAAAUGAUCAGAGAAGUUUUAUUGAUGCAUUCCUUGUAAGACAACAGGAGGAGAAAAGUAAUCCCAAUGGAUAUUUCCAUAAUGCCAACUUAAUAAGACUUGUGACCAACUUGUUUGCUGCUGGAAUGGAGACCACUUCCACCACGCUGCGCUGGGGACUUCUGCUAAUGAUGAAAUACCCCCAAAUUCAGAGCAAAGUCCAAGAAGAGAUCGCAAGAGUUAUAGGAUCAGCCCAGCCACGAAUCGAACAUCGAACUCAAAUGCCGUAUACGGAUGCAGUUGUCCAUGAAAUUCAGAGGUUCGCUAAUAUCCUGCCCAUGGACUUGCCUCAUGAAACUACUGAGGAUGUUACUCUUAAAGGCUACUUUAUUCCAAAGGGAACUUACAUCAUCCCCUUACUGGCCUCUGUACUGCAGGAUGAAUCUCAGUGGAAGAAACCAGAUACAUUCAGUCCUGAGCAUUUUCUUGACUCCAAAGGAAAGUUUGUAAAGCAAGAGGCUUUCAUGCCUUUUUCAGCAGGUCGGAGGAUCUGUGCAGGUGAGAAUCUUGCCAAAAUGGAGCUCUUCCUCUUCUUUACAAGCCUCCUGCAGUGGUUCACUUUCCAUCCUCCACCUGGAGUUACCAGCUCAGACCUAGACCUCACCCCGGCAGUUGGGUUUACCACGCCCCCAAUGCCCCAUAAGAUCUGUGCUGAGCCACGUUCUUAGAGCUCCUUGCCUUAGGCCAGGUCUAACUACAAAGUUUGGCAGAUAUAGGUAUGAUGGUCAGAAAAUCACAUGCCUGACAUAGCUAUGCCAGCAACACCCU